AUGGCCUCACAUCGGCCGUCUGGCAGCGCCAGCUUGUCGCUCUUCCCCAAUCCCAACUUCUCCAAACCUCAUCCACGCGCUCAAGCACCUCGAUCCCGCCGUUCAGAGUCCCAUGAGCGUCGAGCAGCCACGCCGCAGCAGCAACUUCAAGAUAGUCGCGCUGCAACACCUACUCCACAACCGAGGACACACACACCUCUAGAGUUCAAUCCUCCAAUCGAGGAAGCAUCAGAGGUUGUCUUAGACCGCAAUGUUCUGCCAACCAUGGACACAGAAGAGCAACUUGACGGACCUGGCGAGGGUCCUAGUCGCCCACGAUUGACCAUCGAAGUUCCUAGGGAUGGUGCACUUCCACCACCACCUCCGAUGUUCGUAGGCAAUAAUGUCAACCAGCCGAGAAAUUCCAUCGCCAAACCCCCUCUAUUUUUCGAUCCUCCUCCAAAUUCUCAACCGCCGCCCUUGCGAUCCAUGUUCCCGACAUACAAUCCCGAUUUACCCUUGGAUCAACAAAACUAUGGCCCAAUUCAAAUGAACCCAUCUGGCGUGCCUCGGGCUGUUGUCAGUCGCCAGAGCUACUAUGAAAGCGCUGAACCAGCACCAGAGCAACCUCCCGUCAGAGUCCCUGUUCGCCCUCAAAACCCCCCAAUCAUUCCUGCCAUAUGUACAACCGAACAACUUCAAGAUCUCUGGAAGGUCACAAACGGCUGGCAAGCAUCUGGCUCUGAGGGCCGCGUUUACUGCUUGAAGUUGACACAGCAGAAAGAUGCCCCCGUUUAUACACUCUCUUCUACCUCACAGCCUUUCUAUAACCUCCGUUUGGAUCCCACAUCUGCAUCAGCCUAUGUAUCAUUAACCAGAUACGAUCCCAGCAAAGCCUACAAAGUUCCCAAACCAACGUCAAAUUCCGCUGCAAACAUUCUAAAUGGUGUAAUGGGCGGUGGCAAUCGUGCCUCAGACGGAAAGUAUUGGCAAGAGGCCCUGAAUACAACCCUGGAAGAGGAAUCUCGAAAACAUUCUCCAAAUGACGGCCUUGCUGCUCUUCUCAUGCCCUGUGCCGCAACAAAGAUAGUCAUGGAUAGGGCAGACGAUCCUGGCACAGUUGCGGCUGCAGAGAGAGAGUGUGGAAGGCUUGUGUGGGAUGACGAUAGCGCAAGUUACUAUUUGGUGCAUCCGGCCCUGGCGACACCCUUCUGCCUCACGAUUGAGCAUUCUCCUGCCUGGUCUCGUGUUGAGUAUACACUGGAGCAUCACGAGUCGCCGCAACACCUUGCCAAGCUGACGCGAGAUGGCACUGGUAGUGGGUGGUUGGAAAUCGAUACUGGUGUUGCGUCCAAAAUCGAGUCAUUUUAUAUUGUUGAUGUGGCUGUUACAGCAUUACUUCUUGUUGCCGCCAUGGAUGAUCGAAACUCACCCAACACUGUUAUAGAGGCAUUCGAGGCACCGCCGUUACCAGAGCCUCCCAGACAAUCAAGAAGCCUCAGCAGCGCUCUAAGCCGUCACCGCGACUCUGAAGAUGGAAAGAAGAAGAAGGAAAAGAAGGAAAAGAAGCGCACACGGAUGGAACAAUUCGAAAUUGACCUCGAGAGCCAAAAUGACAGCCUGGCCAAGGAGCUGGGUAGGGGGAGCAAAAAGUCAUCGGAAGACAAAGGGCCGUUUAUACUACGAGUCAUUGUCAAGCUGGUGAAGGGUAUAUUCAACUGUUUUAUAUGGAUACUUACGAUUGGGUUUGCAUGUGUCAAGGGAGUUUUCAAGGUUUUUUAUAAAUGUGUGGGAUCCAAGUAUUAA